UCCAAUGUGAUUUACGAACGACCGGUUUAAUUCAUUAAUCAAAGACGUUCAAACUUUCCUGAUGUGAAGGAAACAGCUAAACUCUGUAACAGAAGAUGUUAUAAUGGAGGUUUCUCUUUGUAUCCUGCUCUUUUUACUGCACUUUAAUGAGGGAAUUCACGGGGUACGGUUCACCAAAAACCCUUCCAACCAAACGGUGACUCAGGGUAACAUGGUCCGCCUGGGCUGUGCCUUUGAGGGUUUGAGUGAGCCAGAGAUCAUCUGGAUGAAGGAUGGAGAGAAGCUCUUCAGCACUGAUCAGAUGUACAUCACACUGGAUCCACACCACUGGGAAACCUUUCAUAGUGUUAAAUCCGUGCAGCAACAAGAUGCCGGAAAGUACUGGUGUGAAGUUGAAUAUCACGGCACAAUCAUUUCCUCCGAGCCUGCUUGGAUUACAGUAGAAGGUAUGUCACUUAAACCUAAAGUACACUGA